AUAUUAAUGGAAAUUGAUUUUUUUGUUAUAGAAAAAUUACAUGAUACUUCUUGCAGUAAGUUUUCAGGAGACUAAAAAUCAUGUUUUUGGUAUAUCGAAGAAUAUCAAAAUUAAAUUGUGUUGGUUGCAGUUGUCGAAGUAUUUUCAAAGAAACUUUAUAUAAAAGUAAACAACAUAAGAGAUCAGUGGUUAAUGGUUUUACAUUUCCGGUUACGUAUUUAGAGAAAAUAAAAUUUUGCAAUGUAAAUACAAAUGGAAAAUUACGAUGGAGCAACAAAAGACAUUAUUUUUCGUUAAAAUAUUAUACAAAGCGAUCAUUUUUUACGUCUGCAGCAUGUAAUGAUGUUAACCAAAAAAGUUCUAAUAGCAGUCCUAUAAAAAAGGCCAAUGAUGCAAAAUAUUUAACAAUUCCCAAUGCGCUGACAAUGUUUAGAUUAUUGGUAUCUCCGUACAUUGGAUAUCUUGUUCUGUGUGAACAAUUUAAUUGGGCGUUCGGUUUGGUAUUUUUAGCUGGACUAACAGACGCGGUUGAUGGUUGGAUUGCAAGAAAUUUUAAAAACCAAAGUUCAAAUAUUGGAUCUUAUAUUGACCCAUUAGCAGACAAAGUAUUGAUUAGUAUACUGACACUAUCACUUACAGCUGUCCAUAUCAUCCCAAUGCCACUGUGUGGAUUAAUCAUUGCGAGAGAUCUCCUCUUAGUUGGAACAUCAAGUCAUUUUCAUUACAAACAUUUGGACCCUCCAAAAACUUUGAAAAAGUUUUUCGAUUUUGAAAAUUCUAAGGUCAAAAUGGAACCUACAGGCAUUAGCAAGUUCAACACGUUCCUGCAGUUAGGAUUAGUGGGUUUAUCAGUUGCUGCACCGGUAUUCCAUUUUACCGAUCAUUCAUUGCUACAUGCUUACUGGUAUUUGGUGGCAUCAACAACUGUCUUGUCUGGACUCAGUUAUGUUGUUAAAGACAAAUCUGCGUAUAUUAUUAAAUAAAGAUAAUUUCUCACCUGUAUUUUUAUGUUUGAUAGUAAUAAAUAAGAAAUAUAUAGUAUUAUUUUAGUUUAAAUAGACGAAAAUGUGUAAUUUAAGUGAUUUAUGCUUGGAUGGUGUGUAACU